CGUGUCACUAUCGCAUCGUUAACGUUGGAAGUGACAGGAGGAAAUGGUGUGUAAAUUCUGCGGUCUUGAUGCUCGGGCAAAGAUCCCCAUUGCUCGGUAGGUCUAUCUGCACGCUUCAUCUGCUCUGAUAGCGUGGUAUCGAUCACAAAAAAAGUGACGUACGGGCAGUGUUAAAAACGCUCGUGUCCGAGUCGGUGAUUAGUGACUGGUGCUGGCAGAUGCGUAGCAUUGUGUGAUAGAUUUCCGUGUGGUCAGUGUGUAACAGUUAUUCGUCGGCGAUGCAACGAGAUAAAAUGACCGUAAACAAAGACCUGCUGCGCGAACGGGAGAGAUGCACGUUCAAUCCCACGGAAUUAACUCAUUUACUGGAUGGCAGCCCGGAGAAGACGCAGCAACGUCGCGACCGAGAACAAUUUUUUUUGAGCGACCCUGAGCUACAGGAUAAAACACCAGUGAAAUACAAGAGCCACAAAGAGGUGUACGAGGAUGCAGUGCGAAAAGCAUGCAGGGUUCUGCAGAAGGUACGACAAUUACAAGAAUCAGGAAAAGGUGGAAUGGAUGUUUUCACGCAUGUUUUGGGAGGAAUGUUUGGGUCUGCGAUCUUGAAGGAUGGAAACCCACUUCUGGUACAUUACGCAAUGUUUUUGCCAGCUAUUAUGGGACAAGGAACGACGAAACAGCAAGAAUACUGGAUAACCAGAUCUUGGUCUGGUAAUAUUAUUGGAACAUAUGCUCAGACUGAACUUGGUCACGGUACGUUCAUCAGAGGUUUAGAAACGACGGCUACUUAUGAUCCAAGAACGAAGGAAUUUGUAUUGAAUAGUCCUACUUUAACGUCGUACAAAUGGUGGCCAGGUGGCUUGGGCCAGACUGCAAAUUACGCGGUGGUCGUUGCACAAUUAUACACAAAAGGGGAGUGCAGAGGGAUUCAUCCUUUUAUCGUGCAAUUAAGGGACGAAGACACGCACGAACCUUUACAGGGCAUUAAAAUUGGUGAAAUUGGCACGAAAUUGGGAAUGAACGCGACUAAUAACGGCUUUCUCGGGUUCGAGAGUUUCAGAAUACCUCGUGAAAACAUGCUGAUGAAAAACUCUCAGGUACUAGAAGAUGGAACAUACGUGAGAGCGUUAAACGAUAAAUUGACGUACGGCACAAUGAUGUUCGUUCGGGUAGUAUUGGUUUACGACAUUGCUAGUUACUUAUCGAAAGCAGUCACGAUCGCAACUAGAUAUAGCGCGGUGAGACGCCAAUGUCAAAUAAAUUUAGACGAGCCCGAAGCACAAAUUAUGAAUUACGUAACGCAACAAUACAAAAUCUUCCCAAAUCUCUCCGCGUGCUUGGCGUUUCGACUGGCCGCGGAUUGGAUCUGGAACAUGUACAAUAACGUCACCGCAGAGUUGGAUCAGGGUGAAUUGGACAGAUUGCCCGAGUUGCAUGCUCUGUCGUGUUGCCUGAAAGCGGUUGCAUCGUCUGAUGCAGCUACCGGAGUAGAGCAAGUACGACUGGCCUGCGGUGGACACGGGUACAUGGACGCCAGCAAUCUUCCAGCCACUUACGGUUUAGUCACAGCAGUUUGUACCUACGAAGGGGAGAAUACUGUUUUACUGUUACAAACGGCUAGAUAUUUAGUCAAAGCCUGGAAACAAGCUGUCAGCGGUCAGCCGUUGCCAGUGACUAUACGGUACCUUACAGACCUCGUUAAAGGGAUCAAACAGCGCCCGUGGAAGAACAACCUGACAUGUAUUAUCCAGUCCCAUCAAUCAGUUGCUGCGGGAAAGAUCCGGUUGGCGACGGAAAACAUGGAUCGCAGAAUACGCAGCGGAGUGUCGCCGGAGGACGCUUGGAACGAGACUAGCAUAGAGUUAGCCCGCUGCGCGGAGGCUCAUUGUCGAGCGUUCAUAGUGAUGAGAUUCGCUGAAUCCGUCAAAGAGUUUGUUUCAGUGUCCAAAGAGUUGCGUGAAGUGUUGCAACAUCUUUGCGAGUUGUAUGCUGUGUACUGGGUAUUGCAGCGACUCGGUGACUUCCUUCAAUUUUCUUCCUUGAGCAACGAAGAUGUCCCCGCGCUCCAGAGACGACUAGAAGAAUUGUUAGCAUUAAUUCGUCCAAACGCCGUGGGCAUCGUCGACGGUUUCGACAUUCGCGACGAGAUCCUAAGCUCCGCGUUAGGAGCGUACGACGGCAACGUUUACGAACGACUGUUCGCCGAGGCAAUGAAGAGCCCAUUGAAUCAGGAGAGCGUGAACGUGUCUUUCGAGAAAUAUCUGAAGCCGUUUCUUAAAAGCAAUUUGUAGUGCAAUUUACCUUCACGGAUCUCCUUCUAAAUUUACACUUCGCUGUAUAUACUCGUAAAGGUUUCAACGAAAUACAGGCAACCUGAUCGAACUUCGCUUACUGUUCUCCGUACCACGCUAUUAAUACUCCAGUAGUUCUUCCUGACAAUCUUUUUUAUAUAGAAUUUUUAAGUAGCUGCGUAAGCUCCUGUCGUACGUUGGUACCGAAUCAGUAAGAAUGAUUAAGAACGAGGCACGUCCUACUCUAAUCAACAACAUUUGGCAUGAUCGUAACGAGCCAUUUAAAAACACAAGACAAAAUAUUAUAUGUAUCGAUAGUUAUAGAAUUAUUUUACAAUAAGUUUCUUACUCCGAAGACGAUCACAAAGCACAUGGUCGAAAACGUUCAACAACGACGAAUGGCUCGCUAUAACAAGCAUCCAACAGUUGUAGAAUAGGUUGGACCUUCUCGUUCACUUUCAGCAAUCGGGUAUACGAUCUUGCCUUUCGCGGCGUGAAAUCAAAUUUUAAGCAUCGUAAGAUUUAGAAUAUAUAUAGUAAGUGUAGUAACAUUUAUGAAUCAUGAAAAAGAGAUUACGAAUAUAUAUCUUUCCACGACCUUUACAGAGUAUUAUUGUUGUAAAUAUUUAAGGAAUCGGAAUAUUAUUAUUGUAAACGUUGCGAAGGAUUUCCAGAGAGUGAUUUUAUUCUUAAGGUGGUAUUCUAGUCUAGACGUCGGUUAUUUAGGUUCUUUUUUUCAUGUAAGAAUAUUUUAAAUCGUUGAAGAUACAAUUGUUUCAGUCGAGCUCCUUGUUUUUGAACCUUCGCACGGUUCUGCUCAUCUAAGACGAGCAACCCAAGAAAUCAUUUCUUCUCCAGUAUGAAUGAUAAAUAAAAUUAAAGGUGUAUACAAUUUGCAAAAGGGUUAAUGUUCACACAUAUAUAUAUAUAUAUGUGUAAUAUCCAGGGUAUUAACUUUCAUAAAAACGAAAUAAAAAGAAAUUUGAUUUUUCAAAGAUUCUAAUCUAGAAUACCUGCUUAAGAUUGUUCUUUUAGGAAUGCUCGAUCAUUCCGCGAUAGAAUACUAUGUUAAAGAUUUUAUAAAGAGAAGAUAUUUUCUAUGUACUUUUGCAGUUAAUAAAGUGCUGCGAAGAGCUCGCAAGUAUUCGUCGUCGUUCUUCAUAUCCUCGAGCCUCGCGAUGCGUUCGAAAGAAAAACAACACCCGCUCGGGUCAGGUUUUCCUUACACGGUACAGUGUUUUAUUUACAGAAUAGGAGCGACGACAUACAGUAUUGUUCGUUACCAUACUAACAUAGUGCAAUUAGUAUUAAUUUCUGUUAAUAAUAAUGUGUCGUUAACGUAAACGCCCGCGACGGAGUAACGCGGUCCGUUCGAUCUGUCGGGCUCGAGAAAAUCUAACAUAAACUUGGGGAUUCCCGGACCUACGGAGUCGCGUGAAAACAUCCACGAUCGGGUAAUCUUCGAUCGAUUGGUAUGGAUCCUAGGAACUUCCAGCAUUAACCAGUUAGUUCGUUAUACCCGUAUAUGCAGAAAAAAAAAAAUUAAAAAUAAAAUUCGAAGAACCGAAGAUCACGGUUCGAUGCUCCACGGCGGGCGAUUGUAUAACUUCAUAUAAAUACAUAUACGUGUAUGUACGUGUAAAGCGUGCAACGACGCGAUAUAUAUUUAUUUAUAUAUAUAUAUAUAUGUAUAUAUACACGCAUACGUAAUAUAUUUCACGGAGCUCAGGACGACUCGGGUAGGACAGGGGGGUAGACAAUACUUACACUUAAAAAAUAACAUUGUUAAUUAUAGUUAUCAUUAAAUAUUAAUUGUAUUCACUUUUAAAAUUAUUAUUCAUUCGUCCACCUGGCCUAUGGGUUUUUCUCGUCUAGCAUUAGACAGACUUCUCAUUGCUAUAGCGUUCAUACGGAAUACAUCCUCUUAUAAAAUAUGAUUUUAUUACAAUUAAUGUUUUGUUUCUUGUCGCAUAGAACGUAGACAGCGCCUCUCGAGUAUUAAAUGAGCCACGUGGUGAUGCAGCGUACACGGCGUUUGGGUGUUUCUUUUUUCCUUCAUUUUACGUAAUUUUAUAAGCGGCGGCCUUUGCGAGAAACGUCUUCACGGUUCCGUGAACGUUACUUUCUUUUUUUUUUUUAUAGUUAUUUUCUUUUUACUCAAAGUGAAAUGAAAUUUUCAAAACUAUUGACGAUGAAUUGAAUUUAAAUUUAUGCAUAGAAAAAAAGAGUGUUUUUCUUUGAAUUUUAUGGUGAAUAUUGGUUCACGAACGGAGGACGUUUCUCCGUGGCUUUCGCUUUGGUAUUUUUUUUCAGCGUAAAAAGAAAAUUUCUGCGUCUCUCCGCAUCGCCACGCGGAAAAUUAAUUACUAUCUAACAAACAAUUUCCGUCUAUGUUGCGUACGAUUAUUAUUACAAUAAGGAUUACGAUUGGAUUUCUAGGUUCCUCUUUUGCUUUCAUUGGCGCAAGGAAUGGAGGCGGUAAAUUGGAAACGAAGACGCGGGAGAAUUCAAAUCUGGCACAGUGAUGGUGUAAACGGUAAGCAAACAAAUGAAAAGUUGCAAGAAACAUUUAUGCAAAGUAUUAAUAAUCGAAUUACGAUAUUUGCAACAAUUGCGAGAGGACAAACGAUUUUAGGGUUAAAGGCAAAGCAUAAACAUUUCUGACAAUGUUCGAUCAGGCGACAGGGUUCUUUCUUAAUCAUUGAAUUUAUAAAUAAUAAUAGAAAUUUUGAGAGAGAAUAACAGACAAACAGAAAACAAGGGAUUUUUGGUAAAUAAAUAAUAAGAGCAAUGCAACAAAGUCACAGUCGUUCGGAUAAAAGUAAUCAGAUUUUCCACCCUAAUUGAUUUACCCUAUACACAAUAUUUCUGGGUAUUCUCGAUACCCGUACCUUACCCCUUUCGAUUCGUUCAGAUCAUUCGUCUAAGUAUCGAUAUUUAUUCGCGAACAUGUCAUCCAACAUAACCUGUACAUCGAGUAGCUGUUUGAACAGGUUCUCCUUCCAAUUCGACCCUAUCAAUGUACUUAAUUAUACUUUUAUUACUACGCGUAUCGUUACAAUAUCCUCGAUACGUCUAGACGCGUUAUAAAUAAGCUUAUAAAAUAGCGUCGAGCCAUUUUACGAAUCGAUAAGAUCGAUUUAGAAGCAGCGACAAAUGUUACGAAAAUGCGUCGAUCGAUAAAGUUUUUUUCGUACCUGAAAAUAGAGACCGACGUGGCGGGAGGCGAUACACGACAUACAAAUCUUCGUUAUUUGUAAACGAUUAACACGUUGAACGCCACGUUAGUCGCGGACGAUGCGAUCGACUUAGCCGGUUAAUAACGGAAAACUUAAAAAGUGGAAGGAAUGGGCAGCCGAUUACUUUUGUCUCUCGCGUCGUUUGGUUUUGUCGGUUUCCAGAUAUUAAUUGGUUCAGCGUUGAACGUGUUGAUCGUCGCCUCGCGCGACGUUGGCAUUUUAAUACGACGAUCGAGUUUAAACGCUUUGCCCGUAACGUCCGACGAUCGUUCCGAAGUUCGGUUUGUAAUCGAAUAUUUGUAGGGAAAAAAAUUGGAAAAAAAAACGCGAUGAGCAUCUAAUAAAGUGGUGUCGCGACGGUUAUCGUACGAAAUUGGUGUUCCUUACGUAGUAUAUGGCAGUAUCGGCAUGAUAUAUUUUAAUUUACUCCGACACAUCGGACUCUGCUGGAUUUUGCGUCCCGUGUUCCCGCGACCCAGGUAGAAUCUUCUUUAACCCCUUCUUGUACAACUCGUCGUCAAGUUUUUUUAUGCCAAUGUAUACAAUAACGAGGUUAGACUCGUCACUAAAUCUAAUAUAUCAAAACCAACACGUUUUAACAUAUGUGAACGAAUUUAAAUAAAAUUUAGAAGUAUACGCUUGUAAAUCUUGCAACUUCGAAUUUAAGGUCAAAACGCACGUAAAUUGAUCGUCGGUUCGGACAACGAAGAAAUUAUUCGAAGCAGUACGUAUCUUUAUUUUGUUGGUUGUUUCGUGUGAUAAUAAAUGCAACGAUUCGUGUACGUAAAAUUCAUAUUAUUAUUGCACAGGACAUUGAUAAUGACAUAAUAUUAUAUAUAAGACAUUAUAUCUGCAUAACAUCAUAUAUACAAGAUUUACGACGUUUAGAAAUCCUCCAGUGCCUCGCAUUUAUUCGUCAUGUGAACGCCCGAAGUUUAAGUAAAUUUAUAUCGCGAUCCAACGAGUAUUAAAAGAUAGUGCUAAACUCUACAGAGUGUUUAUCGUUCGAAAGUGGUUGGAGAAUUCGACGAAACGAUGAUACUUUUUUUUUUUUAGUAGAUGGCGCGACUAAGAAUCGAAUCUACGCGUAUACAUUUCGAAUAACGAUAACGUUAUGAUACCGAUUAACUUCGCAUAUACAUGGUGGCCCAAAAUCAAUGGCACGAAUAGGGCCAAGUAGAUUCCGUGGGUCGAAACAAAAAGACGGUUUAGAUCAGAACUUUUACAUAACGGUUUGGAGCGAUUUCUAUUUCGAAUCACAAAACCUUCCCGACUUCAUUCGUGCCAGUAAUCGUGGGCUGUUUUGUAUUAAAA